AUGACAAUGAAGCCUUUUACUGCAUAUCCUUAUGGGUUUAUCGUAUUCCUGUUGGCCUUGCUGCAGAGGAGCCAUGGACAAUGCAAAGAAGCAGCUAAAAAAUCAGAGAUGAAUUUGAGUGUAAAAUAUGAUCUCCCUAACUUCAUUGCAGAAACACCGAUUCAGAAUGUAGUUUUAUACAAGCAUCAUGUUUAUGUUGGAGCAGUCAACAAGAUUUAUGUACUAAAUGAAACUCUCCAGAACAUUUCUGUGUACAAAACUGGGCCCAUUUUGGAGAACCCUGACUGCGCGCCAUGCGAAGACUGCAAAGAUAAAGCCAAUUUAUCUAACAGCAUAUGGAAAGAUAAUGUCAACAUGGCGUUGCUCUUGGAAACCUAUUAUGAUGAUCAGCUCAUCAGCUGUGGUAGCGUGUCCGGAGGCAUCUGCCACCGUCACAUCAUUCACCCUGACAACCCUGCUGACAUCGAAAGCGAGGUGCACUGCAUGUAUUCACCCCGGGUGGACGGAGAAGCAGAUAAUUGUCCUGACUGUGUUGUAAGCACUUUAGGAACCAAAGUUUUGGUGACUGAAAAGGACAGGUUUGUCAACUUCUUUGUUGGAAAUACUGUGGCGUCUACAUUUCAGCCUCCUCAUGUACUUCAUUCAAUAUCAGUUAGAAGGUUAAAAGAAACACAGGACGGUUUUGAAUUUCUCACAGAUCAGUCUUAUAUAGAUAUCCUCCCUCAGUUCCGCGACUCAUAUCCCAUUAGGUAUGUCCAUGCCUUUGAAAAUGAUCACUUUGUCUAUUUUCUGACUGUUCAGAGAGAAUCUCUUGACUCCCAGGCUUUUCACACUAGAAUUAUCCGCUUCUGCACUUUAGACUCAGAGAUGCGUUCUUACAUGGAAAUGCCUCUUGAGUGUAUCUUUACCGAAAAGCGGAGGAAGAGGUCCAUCCGAAAGGAGGUAUUCAACAUUUUGCAAGCUGCCUACGUAAGCAAGCCAGGUGCAGCUCUAGCCCACGAAAUGGGCCUCGGGUUGAGCGAUGAUAUUCUCUACGGCGUUUUUGCACAAAGCAAACCAGACUCUUCUGAGCCAACCAACAGAUCUGCUGUUUGCGCCGUCUCCGUGCGGACCAUCAAUGAGUUCUUCAACAAGAUUGUCGACAAGCAGAACAUGAAAUGUCUCCAGCACUUUUACAGGAAAGAGAGCAAAUACUGCUUGAACAGGGCUUUUUCAAGAAAUGCUUCAUACUGCAGAGCACAAGAUGAUGAAUAUCGCUUAGAAGUUACGACUCCUUUGCAGAGGGUUGACUUGUUCAUGGGCCAGUUCAACAGUGUCCUGUUGACUUCGAUAUCUGUCUUCACCAAAGGGAACCUUACCGUUGCUAAUUUGGGAACUUCGGAGGGCCGCUUCAUGCAGAUAGUGGUUUCCCGUUCAGAACCCACAGCUCCACAUGUCAGCUUUCAGCUAGACUCCCACCCUGUCUCUCCCCAAGUUGUUGUCGAGAAUUCAUUGGCAGAUGAUGGCUAUACCCUGGUAGUGACUGGGAAAAAGAUAACGAAGAUCCCGCUGACGGGGCCGGGCUGCCAUCACUUCGGGUCCUGCAGCCAGUGCCUGCUGGCGCCUCCCUUCAUGCGCUGUGGCUGGUGCGGCCAGCGAUGCCUCAGGUCUCCCGAGUGCCCCGGCGGCACCUGGACCCAGGAGACCUGCCUGCCGAGGGUUUAUGAGAUUCUCCCAAACAGCGCUCCCUUAGAAGGCGGGACAAAACUGACACUGUGUGGAUGGGACUUUGGAUUCAGCAAAAAUAAUAGAUUCGAAUUAAAAAAUACAGUAGUCCAUAUUGGAGGACAAAUUUGUGCUCUGGAAGCAAAAUCUAGCAACAAAAACAAGCUGGAAUGCACAGUUCCUGCUGCAAAUAAUCCAAGUUUUAACAUAUCCAGUAGUGUUUCUGUUGGACACGGCAAAACACUAUUCAAUACAUUUUCGUACGUGAAUCCUGUAAUAACAAGUAUCUAUCCUACUUAUGGCCCCAAAUCUGGAGGAACAUUGCUAACUGUAGCUGGAAAAUACCUGAACAGUGGAAAAUCCAGAAGGAUUUUUGUUGGUGAGAAACUGUGCACCUUGAAAAGCAUAUCAGCGAGCACUGUGGAAUGCUACACUCCGGCACAACGAAUUCCCCAGGAAUAUCGCGUGAGGGUGGGAAUCGACGAAGCUAUUCGAGACGCAAGCGGUCAUUUCACAUACAGAGAAGACCCCGUUGUUUUAAAAAUUCAUCCAGCCAAAUCUUUCCUUAGUGGUGGAAGUACAAUCACAGCUCAGGGAAUCAACUUGAACUCAGUGUGCUUGCCUCAGAUGGUGAUUACUGUACCUAAACUGGGAAUGAACUUCUCUGUGGCAUGUAGCCACCGCUCCAGCUCAGAGAUAAUCUGCUGUACAACUCCUUCACUGAAAGCCUUCAAUCUCCAACCGCCCUUUGUAACCAAAGUGUUCUUUAUUUUUGAUGGUGUCAGCUCUUUGUACUUUGAUUUUGAUUAUGUAAAUAAUCCUGUAUUUAAGCACUUUGAAAAGCCAGUGUUCAUCUCAAGAGGCAACCAAAACGUUCUGGAAAUUAAGGGAAAUUAUAUUGAUUCAGAAGCUGUUAAAGGAGAGGUGCUAAAAGUUGGAAAUAAAAGCUGCGAAAACCUUCUCCUGCAGUCAGAAUCAAUUCUGUGUACGGUUCCCAGCGAUCUCCUGAAAUCUAACAGCGAGCUAAAUAUAGAGUGGAAGCAAGAAGUUUUGUCAACAGUUAUCGGAAAAGUGCUGAUCCGGCAAGAUCAGAAUUUCACGGGACUAAUUGCUGGAGUUGUUUCAACAUCAGUUUUAAUUUUGAUCUUUUUGGGUUUUUUCCUCUGGAGAAGGAAGAAGAAACAAAUUAAAGAUCUGGGAAGCGACCUAGUGCGCUACGAUGGCAGAGUGCACACUCCUCACCUGGACAGGCUGGUGAGCGCGAGGAGUGUAAGUCCAACGACAGAAAUGGUUUCAAGCGAAUCUGUAGACUACAGAUCAACUUUUCUAGAAGAUCAGUUUCCGAGCAUGUCUCAGAAUGGAUCGUGCAGACCUGCCCAGUAUCCUCACUCUGACCUCUCCCCAAUUCUGUCCAGCGGAGACUCAGAUUUAGCCAGUCCACUUCUCCAAACUAAUGUCCACAUUGACAUCAGUGCCUUAAACCCCGACCUGGUCAAAGAAGUGCAGCAUGUGGUUAUUGGUGCUGACAGCCUGAUUGUGCACUUCAGCGAAGUAAUAGGAAGAGGACAUUUUGGGUGUGUGUACCAUGGGACACUGCUGGAUAACGAUGGCAGGAAAAUUCACUGUGCUGUGAAGUCACUGAAUAGGAUUACAGACCUGGAAGAAGUAGCUCAGUUUCUGAAAGAAGGAAUAAUCAUGAAAGAUUUCACUCAUCCCAAUGUUCUGUCGCUCCUGGGAAUCUGUUUGCCCAAUGAAGGAUCCCCCUUAGUUGUUCUUCCAUACAUGAAACAUGGAGAUCUUCGAAACUUCAUUAGGAAUGAGACUCAUAAUCCAACAGUAAAAGAUUUAAUUGGAUUUGGCCUUCAGGUCGCAAAAGGGAUGAAAUACCUUGCAAGCAAAAAGUUUGUCCAUAGAGACUUGGCAGCAAGAAACUGUAUGUUGGAUGAAAAAUUUACUGUCAAGGUUGCUGAUUUUGGUCUUGCUAGAGAUGUCUAUGAUAAAGAAUACUACAGUGUGCACAAUAAAACUGGAGCUAAACUGCCAGUGAAAUGGAUGGCUUUAGAAAGCUUACAAACUCAGAAGUUCACAACAAAGUCAGAUGUGUGGUCCUUUGGUGUGUUGUUAUGGGAACUUAUGACAAGAGGGGCACCACCUUAUCCUGAUGUAAAUUCUUUUGAUAUAACCGUUUACUUAUUACAAGGAAGAAGGCUGCUACAACCUGAAUACUGCCCCGACCCACUGUAUGAAGUCAUGCUGAAGUGCUGGCAUCCAAAGCCUGAGAUGCGUCCAGCGUUUUCUGAACUUGUUUCAAAAAUAUCAACAAUCUUCUCCACUUUUAUUGGGGAACACUACGUUCAUGUCAAUGCUACUUAUGUCAAUGUGAAGUGCAUUGCUCCCUAUCCUUCUCUUUUAUCAUCACAAGACAACACAGACAUGGAUGUUGACACAUGA